ACGACCGCUCUGCGAACAUCUAACAGCUCGUCUGAGCUGCUGGAUCCGCUGUGGCUCGACUAAAAAGUUAAGCUGACAUUUCCUAGGACGCGUGGAGGAGCUUCAGAGCCCCACUGCUGCUGUUUACUCCUUUCUUUAUUUAUUGGUGGUUUGAAAUUCCUGUACAGAUCCUAUUAUGCAUCUGAUGAGUGGUGCCAUAGUGUCCCUCAGCGUUUUGGGGGCUGUAAAAUUCCUCUCCCUACCCUGGCUCUGCAGCCUGUUGGCAGGGCUGGGGGUCCUCAUGGUCUGGAGGGGCUCCUGGAAGUUCAUUCAUGUAGCUCUACGCACCAUCAAAAGAGACCUAAUGUGCCUGGCUGUUAUAUUGCGAGUGAGGUUUUCCAUGUACCGUAAUCUGCGAAAUAGAAGCACUAUCCCUGCCCUGUUUGCCCAGAUGGUGAAACUUCACCCAGACAAACCUGCCCUGAUCUAUGAGGCCACAGGGGAGGUUUGGACUUUCAGGGAACUGCAGGAGCGAUGCAAUGCUGUGGCACACUGGGCGCUGGCACAAGGCUGGGUCGAGGGUGAUGUGGUGGCCUUGUACAUGGAAAGCCAGCCUUUGGUGGUGGCUCUGUGGUUGGGUCUUGCCACGGUGGGUGUAGAGGCCGCACUCAUCAACUUCAACCUUCGACAGGACUCGCUCCUGCACUGUGUCAGUGCGUCUGGUGCUCGGGCCAUGGUGUUUGGGACGGAGCUGACUGAAGCUGUGUCAGAAGUGAGCAGCUCCCUGCAGACCAGCACGGAUUUGUUCAGCAGUGGUGAGCAACGGGAUGAGGUGAAGCUUUGCAGCCUCCGUGCUCAGAACCUGGACGCCCUGCUGGCCAGUUCACCCAAACACCCGCCAAACUACGCCCUCAGGAAGGAGUUUAACGACAGACUCUUUUACAUCUACACGUCUGGGACAACAGGAAUGCCAAAGGCAGCUGUGGUGGUGCACAGCCGGUACUUUCGCAUCGCUGCCUUUGGUUUCCACGCCUUUGGCCUGCGACGCGAUGACAUCAUUUACAACUCCCUUCCCCUGUAUCACUCUGCAGGUACCAUCAUGGGUGUGGGCCAGUGUUUGCUCUUUGGUUUGACUGUUGUCGUCAGGAGGAAGUUCUCAGCCAGUCGCUUCUGGGAUGACUGUGUUAAAUAUAACUGCACUGUAAUCCAGUACAUAGGCGAGAUCUGCCGUUACCUGUUGGCCCAGCCAGUCCGCCCAUCUGAGGCUCAUCACCAGGUCCGUGUUGCCAUUGGUAACGGCCUCCGUCCCGCCGUGUGGGAAGAAUUUGUCCAGAGAUUUCGAAUCCACAGAGUUGGGGAAUUUUAUGGUGCCACAGAGUGCAACUGCAGCCUGCUCAACAUAGACGGAAAGGUGGGGGCGUGCGGCUUCAACAGCCGAAUCCUUCCUGACUUUUACCCCAUCAGACUGGUCAGGGUGCAGGAGGAGAGCAGAGAGCUGCUCAGGGAUUCAAAGGGACUCUGUAUACCCUGUCUGCCCGGUGAGCCAGGUAUGCUAAUGGGACGCAUCAACCACACUGAUCCGCUCAGGAGAUUUGAUGGCUACGCUGAUCAGGAUUCAACCAACCAGAAAAUAACUCACAAUGUCUUCAAGAUGGGAGACUCGGCUUAUAUCUCAGGUGACGUGCUGAUUAUGGAUGAAUAUGGCUACAUGUACUUCAGGGAUCGCAGCGGCGACACGUUUCGAUGGCGAGGGGAGAAUGUUUCCACCACAGAGGUGGAGGGAGUCCUCAGUGGCCUGCUGGGACAUACUGACGUGGCCGUCUAUGGAGUUUCUGUGCCAGGUGUGGAGGGAAAGGCUGGUAUGGCAGCAAUAGCUCAUGCAGGAGACCAGUUUGACCUCAAUGCAUUUUUCACUGCUGUACAGAAAGCCCUGCCCUCUUAUGCACGCCCAGUCUUCCUGCGACUCAUGCCAUCUGUUGACACUACAGGUACAUUCAAAAUUCAGAAGACGCGACUACGAAAGGAAGGAUACAAGCCACAAGACCCAAGUGAAAGUAUUUAUUUUCUGAACAGUCGUGCUGGGCGUUACGAGGCUGUUACUGAUGAACUGCUUAAUGCCAUCAUGGAGGGAAAAGUGCAUCUAUGAAACAGGAGACUAAGGAGAUACAGACUGUUGAAGAGGAUUGUACCUAUAUUUCAAAGGAGCAAGAAAGGAAGAAAAUACAUGGAUGUGUCUCUAGGGAUUUACAUCCCUAUAAAUACUGAUGACUGUGGGAACACAAAUGUAUUGCUGUUUUUGUUUUUCUUUUUUGCAAUCAAAUAAACUUUUUUUUUUUACCAAAGUUAAUGUAAUUUUUCAUACAUUGACUGUAUCUAUCUUUGUGUAAAAUACUUUUAAUAAAACAUGCAAAAGCCUGUAA